AUGUCUGGGCCUAGUUUUUCCUUAUUUUCUGAUUCUCAGUCUCCACUUAGUCGUAACCCUAGCAGUAGUCAUGUUGAAAACACAACUGAAAAUGUAGAAUUAGAGGGUGGAAAAGGCAAAAAUAUUAAUGCCGCAUCAGUCGAUGAAACUCCCUACCUGUCAUUACCAGACACAAAUUCCGAACCAGUCAUAGGAGGUGUUUCUGUGACUGAUAAGGGAAAAGGUAAAGUUGUUGAGGAUUCUGAGUUAGGGGAAAGCCGACGUGAAUCCGUGCGUGAAACAGAGACUCAACCAGUAGAUCUUGAUUGUAGCGAUGAUUCUCAGUUAAAGAAGAGAAAAAUUGGUGUCGCACCCAAGAAGUUAUACUUUGCAUUAGAUGAUUUUGUACGUGAUCUAGUGUUUAGGCCAGUUGAUAGUGGUGGUGAGAAGCAAGUAUGGAAGGAAUGGGACCGUUGUUGGGAUUUCCUUGUGCCUAUUGACUUAGAUUAUAAACCAAAGGUUGAUUGGGAUACCAACUGCCAUGUUAUUCAUCAAUUGAAAGCGAAUUUAUCAAAGAGGCAACUUCGACUUUUUAAGAAAACAUGCUUUGGCUAUUUUUUGGAUCUGCCACCAGUGAUUGUGCAGAUUCGGGUUAUGCACCAUUUGCUUAUGAGAGAAGUACAUCAUGAGGUGAAAAAUGAGAUGCGGUUUGUAGUGAAUGAUUCUAGGUUGCGGUUUGGCUUGGGUGAAUUUGCACUUGUUACUGGGUUGAAAUGUAAGGGUGAUACAAGUAUAGAGAGCAUAGCAGAGAAUAGGUUGAUUUCAAAAUAUUUUGGGACUGCAUCCGUGACAUUUGCCCAACUAGCAGACUGUUUUAAGAAGAAGAAAUGGGAAACGGAUGAUGAUGCGUUGAAGAUAGCAGUUCUUUAUUUUGUCAACAGCUUCUUAUUUUCUCAACUCAAAACAAAGGCUAUUUCACGGUCUUACAUUGACUUGGUUGAGUCCGGUGAUUUUAAUAAUUAUCCCUGGGGUAUAGAUGUUUAUAAAGCUACAAUUGACUCGUGUUCCAACAAGUUUCAAGAUAAGCCUUCUUUUUAUAGACUUGGUGGCUUCCCGUUGGCUUUACAGACUUGGUUGUAUGAAUGCUGCCCAAGUUUGGAUGGUCACUUUGCUGAUCAUCUUGGAAACAAACUUCCACGAAUUUUGAAUUGGGUAGUCAUGGGUCAAAUCCCGAAUGAGCGAGUUGCUUUGCGAAUGUGUAGCUUGCAACGCGAGCAGCUAAAGAACAUCACCCCAACUGAUGAUGAGAAGAAACAAUUUGAUGUGCGUGGUCUAAGCUUUGAAAUUGAAGUUGAGUGCACUGACAGCAAGCCCAGCCAGCCCGAUAGCUUUCAGGUUUUUGGCACUCAAUUACCAAAGACACAAAGUAUGCCUGAAAGUACUGGAGGUGAUUCCCAACCUACCGAUGCUGAGGUAAUGAAGGAGUUACAAGCUUUGAAGCUUUUUGUAGAGAACAAGUUUGAGGAGGUGCUUGCAACUAUUGGUAAGCAGUCAAUGAAGUCAAUGAAACCAGAGGGAAAUUCAGCGCAUAAGCAACAGUAUAAUGAUCCUGACUUUCGUGAGAUGCAUAAUGAUUAUGACCAGUUUGAAAGUGGCCACGUUGGGAAUGAUCCUGUAGUUAUUGGAGAUAGCACGCCCAAAGCACCUUCUAUAUCUGGUUUUGCUGGGGUUGGUCAAGAUGGAUGUGCCACUGGUGUCAAUGUGAAGAACGUCACAGCAAGUGAUGGCGUAGUUAAUGAGGAUUUGCCUUCUGCCCCCUUCGUAAAUGAGCAUGAUUUUGGCUUUGAUUCUAACUUUGAUCUGUCUGCAUCUGCAAUUGAUCAAAUCACCGCCAUUACACAACAAGCAACAUAUAAGCAGUCAUCUCAUGAUGUUAAAAAGUCGGGUCCUGCUCCACUGCCAUCAGGAAUCCCUGUACAGACACGAGCAGAUGUUGUUAUUGAGUCUAAUACUGCUCCACAGGCAUGUCGGGUUGAUGGUGUUGGUCAAGUGGAUGUUGGUGGCAGUAAUGUGAAUUUGCCUUCUGCUCCAUGUCAACACGGGGGUGAUCUUCACUUGGAUUCUGAUUUUGAAUAUACUGAUUCUCAACUUGAUCAAAUUGCUGCCAUUACACAAGGAGGGAGAUGUAAUGUAAAUCAAUCAGGAAAUGAACUGACAACUGGUGCUGUAAAUAAGUCUAAACCUGAUCAGUCGGUAUCAAGAAGUAUUGUCCAGAUACAAACAGACGUUGAAACUACUCCUGCAGUUUUGACACGGAAAAGGCGCCCCGCAGCUGUAAAACAGUCGCCGUAUAGGAAUGACUGGCAAUCUGGUGUUAGUGCAGUUGGGGGAUCCUCGAAGGUUAUCAAAGGAAGAUUUCCAUUUGUAAAUGACAUUUCAGAGACUGUUAAUUUUAAGCUUACGACUGCCUUCUCAAACUUUGUUGAAGCAAACAUGCAAUUGGGAGAGGAAGUGUAUUUACCUGCUGAUCAAAAGCUAGAGCCUUGUUUUGACUUUGGAGUUGAACAGAUUGAUGAUAAGAUGUUUUUCCAUACCUUAAACUAUUCUGGCAGGCCGCUUUCUAGUUCGCACUUGAAUAUUAUAUUCUACUAUCUUAGGAAGAAGGCGAAACAUGGAAUUAAUAUGCCAAUCAAAGUCACAACUACAGAUACUCUUUUUAAUAAUAUCAUUCAAAGGGUUUUCAAAGAAUUUGUAAAAGGUGGAAAACAAGAUCAUUUGAUUGAUAGAUCAGACGAUAUCAUGCAGUACAUGAAAGGAUUUAGGAUGCAUUGCAACACUCCAUGGCACCAGGUUGAUCAUGUCCUUUUUCCAAUUAAUUUGGCAGAAAUUUGGCAUUGGAUAUUGGGGUGUGUGUCAUUCCACAAGAGAUGUUUUUACGUAUAUGACUCGCUACGUAGUCGAAAGCACAAAAAAGCUAUUCAAAAGAUGGCAGAGGCUUAUGCUGUGUUGAUCCCCCUAUUUCUAGUUAGUAUUGAAUUUUAUAACCAAAGAAGUGAUAUUGUAGUAGAAAAUGGUCUGCACAUGGGAAAGAAUUUGACUGAUCCUUUUGAGAUUGAACUGAUUACAAAUCUGCCAACACAACAAAAUUCAGAUUGUGGAGUAUAUGUUGCUUGCUUUGCUGAGUAUAUUAUUGAAGAUCUUCCAAUCCCAGUUGCCAAUUUCGAUGUGGAUGGUCUUCGAGCUAGGUUUGGUAUACUGUUAUGGCACUAUGGGAGGAACAAGCAGUUGAAUGGCGAAUCAAGUGAAUCUUAG